GGAGCGAGGGGCUGUAUGGAGAGGCUGGCGAUCGGCUGCCUGCUGUGGGCAGCGGCGGCGCUCGGCGCUGCCGACAGCGAGAUCGCGAGCGAAAUCAGAAUGGCCACAAGUUUGAAAAGGAAACCCAGGGGACUAGCCAAUGCCUCCAUCGAACAUGGAACUGGCAAAGAAGGAAGCAGCCAUGUCAUUAGAGAGACUGGCCUGAAACAACUCAUUCCUUUUCCUAGAACACAGGAAGGGGCACAAUUGGCUUUCUCCAUCUUCUCAGAAGCCAGCCCCCCACCUGUGACCAAUUUCAGCAUUUCUGUGAAGAACCUCUGUACAAUAAACUGGCAGUGGAGUCCUCCCGAAGGUGUCAAUGCAACAUGUGAGCUGUGGUAUUAUAGUCAGUUGGGGGAGGAAAAGGUAAUCAGUAUAAAAAACUUUCGGACUGAAGAAGUAGCCCUAAAUGAAAGAAUUUGCCUCCAAGUGAGAUCGCAGUGCAGCGAUGCGAGCACAAAUCCUAGUGAUGCCUUACAAAUGUGCACCAUGCCCCCAGAAGGUGACCCAGAGUCCGCUGUCACAAGACUACGGUGUAUUUGGCACAACCUGAGCCAAAUGAAUUGUACAUGGCUCCCUGGGAAGAAGGCACCUCCUGACACAAACUACACUCUGUUCUACUGGUACAGCCCUCUGGAAAAAAAUCUUCAGUGUACAAACUACUAUACGGAGGGUCAACUCAUAGGGUGUUCUUUUGAUCUGCUUCAAGGAAAUGUUUCAGGUUCUGAAAAAAUUCAAAUCAUGGUCACAGAUACAGCCGGAACAGUCAGACCCUCCUAUAAUAUCACUUGGUUGAAUUCUGUGAAACCCCAUCACCCUGUCAUAACGGCCCUCUUCCUUCAAAAUGACAGUCUGUAUGUGGAAUGGGAAAGUCCAGAAAACUUUGAGAGCAACUGCCUAGUUUACCAGGUAGAAGUCACCGACAGCCAGCCAAAGAAAUACAAAGUUGAAGAAUCUAAAUGCCAUAUCUUACAAACACCUCAGGAGCUUUCAGAGAAGUCCAAUGCUAAAAAUUGUUUAGUGAUUAAUCAGGUGGAACGUGAUGCUCAAUACACAGUCAGAGUGAGAGCCAAAACCAGUAAGUAUUGCUUUGAAGAUACCAACCUCUGGAGUGCUUGGAGUCCGGAGAAAAGCAUAGGUCAAAAGACUGACCCAACGUUUUAUACCGUCACAUUACUCUCCAUCCCGGUCGCCAUCUCCAUCUCAACUCUUCUCCUGCUGCUGUAUUUAAAGAGACUGAAAAUCAUUAUUUUUCCUCCAAUUCCUGAUCCCGGGAAGAUCUUUAAAGAGAUGUUUGCAGACCAGAAUGAGGACACUCUGCACUGGAAAAAAUAUGACAUCUACGAAAAGCAAAUUAAAGAAGAAACUGAUUCAGUGGUGCUAGUCGAAAAUCUGAAGAAGACCUCUCAAUAAAGUGAAUAAUUUAUUUGGACAUCACAUAUGACUACCAGGAAGUUUCUCCCAUCCUCCAUUAGUUCCACGGAAAAUCAUUCAAUGAAAACUGAAAUCAUUGGGCUAGUCAGAAAAGGCAGGUCAUCAAACACUUUCAGGUUCACAAAUCACGGACCUAAAAACCUAGAGAGAGGAGUGGACCAUUCUCAUGGAAACUAAAACAGCCAUAUUUUGUAAUAGUUAUGAAAUUUAAUAUUGGGAGAAACCAAUUUCUUGGGAAUCCUACCCAGUCAAAACAAACAAAAAAGACGCCAUUAAGGAUAGCACCUUCAAACUUAUGCCAGUUUCUUUCACCAGUCAGCACCCGAUGGCGGUGUAUUUUUUGUUGUUGUUGUUGUUGUUUUUGUUUUUGUUUUUUUUUGGUGUUAAGUUCUAAUGUAGGGAAGUAACCACCAGAGUACUUUCAUGGAGAAAAGCUGAUGAGCUGAUAUACUUCCCAUUUUUAUCCUUCUCAGAAGUUUGUUGCCUUUCAUGACUCAUGGUGAGCCAGAAUCACAAGUGCCCUUCAGUGACUAUCCUGAGGCCAUUUUGAUUUAAAAAAAAAAAAAAAAAAGUGGUAUAUAACAAACUUAACAGGAUGAAAAAAUCUUCACUUCUUUCAUUUGGGCUUCAUUGACAUUUUCCCUUUCUCUAAUUCUGAGAUGGUUUUAUUGCUUCUGGUAAGAAAUGGGCUUAUUACAGAGCAAGUAGAGGGCUCAGUUAAGAUGUCAGUCCCUUCUGGUAUACGACUCUACCAAUAUGUGUAUACCAUACAAAAAGAAGAAUUCCUAGCUUUCAGUCUCCUCUUCAUCGGCCCUUAAUUUAAAGGGCUCGUUGUCAGAUGUCCAAUGAUAUAAAUCAGAGGAGUGUAUUUUGAUGGAGCUGCAGUGAUCUACCUGCCUUUGAGUCCGUAUCAGCUUUUAGAAGUCCAUGUUGGCAGUGACAGCAGUCAAAAUGAGGUCAGGCUGAACCGCUCUAUCUGGAACUUGGAUAACCACCAUGGCUCUUAAAAGCAGAUGGGCAGCAGAGGCUAUGGUGACUACAGCAGUCUUGCAGACCAACUACAGGCUCACAAGCUUUGCUUUGCUUUACCUCAGUCAACAACUAUUGAAUAUCUUUUGGAUGACUGAACAAAUCUACUGGAUAACUGAACAUCUAUUGGGUGUGCCCCACAGUGUACGAUAGGUACUUUGGAGACCAGAUACAAAGUUGGGGAUAUGAUCCCUGCCUUCAGAGUUUAUAUCUAAUGUUUUUCCAACCUCUUCUCUCCUUUUAUUUUGUAAUCUUGCCCAAUUCCCCUCCUGACCCAGAAAUUGCUUGUCCUCUUCCCAUUUUGAGCUUCUCCCCCAUUUCCCAAGAUCUCCCUUGCCUACCAGAGAGUAUAGGAGAUGAUCAAAUUGAAGAAAAAGAAGGAAGUGCUGGGAAAGACAAGGUCCCCUCCACAUUUCUCUUUCCUCUUUCUCCCACGCUCUGAUUUAAGGUAAAUGUGGGUAAGCUGGAAAAUAUUUUGAGGGGAUGCAUGUUUUGAAUUUUUUAAACCUACUUAUAAGGCUAUAUUUGUUAAUCAGUUUUUAUACUAAACUGCAAAUGUUUCUGCAUGUUUUCUAACUGAAGAGUUAGCUGUACUCUGAAAUUUGCCAUUUUGCUUUGAAGAAAGAAAUAGACUUGUUUUUCUCUUGAUCCACAAGGCCGGCCCUAAAAACUCCAACCUUAGCUCGAAUAGGUAGAGCUCCUCAUGGGGGUCACCAGCCAGCCAACCAAGUAGCCCACAUAUUUACUGGGAGUCUUUUCACCUCAUGUGUUCCCUCUAAUCCCCAGUAGCUUUAAGGAAGCAAUUCCAAAUUGUUUUUCUCCUGUAUUUCUCCACUACCCCCCUCACGGUAUCGUCCAUAACAGCUGUCCAGAGGGACCCCUUGAGGUAUUUUUAGGUUAUUACUUUCAACAGGUAGAUUCUUUGACGCUUAGACCAUAAUCCUCUAGUGCUCAGAGCGUCAUUCCAACUGUGUGGUGUGUGUGUGAAGGGAGAGAACCCGACGGGCCUCAGAGCUGGUUCUUGGAGCCUUUGUGGAUAGGGAUUUCACCCUGGGGGGCAAUCCAUGACCUCUACAAUAGUGGAGGAGGAAGGUUUUCCUGCAUGCCCAGGUGGGGCAGGUUACAUUUGUAGUGAUUUUUCUGUUUAUUUUUGAGGUCAGAUUAAGGUAAGGGUACAGAUUGGGAUCGAUGUUCCUUUGUGCUCUUGCAUCUAUCCAUAAGGAAUCUGUUUUUCUCUUUAGAAAUAAGAGUCACGUCUAGGUGUCCUAGGGAUCUCUGAUCUAAUCUGGAGGAAUUAAUCUCAGUUGAGGAUUAGGCCUAUUAUAUUUAGGGCUCUGCCUUGGAACUUGUUAUUAGUCAGGGGACUGCUGCUAUUAGCUCAGCUCACAGCCUAUCCCAGAACAGCAUGUCUUAGGGACCCCUAGCUCAUCAAAGUGAUGAAAAUAAAUAUGGUCUGCAGAUUACUAGAAAACCAAGGCCCAGGACACUUGGAAAAAUUGUCUUGAAGCAUCUCCAGCCAUGCUCUGUGGAGAGGUUCACUGGCCAUUCUGUGCUUUCCCUGCCCAGAACCCUCUCUCCAGCCUAAACUCCCAUGGGGAAGGACAACAGUUCUCAAUAUUCAGCUAGGUCAUAUUUUUCAACUCUGCACACUGAAAGACUAAGUGGGCCACUUUCAUUUUUAUCUUUUGAAUGUUUUUUCCCUUAAAUUGGAGCUCAUCUUGUUUGACCUCUUUCAAAAGUUUCAAAUAAAUCUGGUCUUUACUCAGUUUCA